GUGAAAGUUGAGAGUUCGUCCUCAUCGUCUGGAAACAGGAACACGUGCAUGUCAAUAGAGAGGCAGCACCAGCUGCAACGAUGGCUGCCAUCUACUCAGGUAUCCACCUGAAACUGCAAAGUCAUCAGACUCCAUGGGAAGACAAGUUAAAGCUGGCACGUUUUGCUUGGAUCUCUACUCAGUGCCUUCUGCCCAACAAGGAACAGGUGCUGUUGGACUGGUGUAUAUACGCUCUGACUGGCUGGUACAAUAAGAAGGUUGAUAUUCCUGAGAAAGUUCUGGAGGGUCUGUGGUGUUACCUUGAUGAUCUACUUCACAGCAGAAAGCUCCACUCUCUUCUCAAGGAGGGCAAAACCAUCAGCCUGAGGGUCAACAUGGCACAGCUGCUGCUUGACCGUCUCCAGGAGUGUGCAGGUGGUGUCUCGAAGUUGCCGGUGUGUGCGCCCACCCUACUGAGUGUCUGUCAGGGCCUUCUCUCUGCUCCUGCACUAUCAUCUGUUUUCACCACCAAGUAUGAACUCAUGGCUGAUCUGUUGGCCAAGUUCUGCUCUCUGGCCUGCCAUGAGCUUCAACAGCCAUCACUCACAGAACCAGAAGCAGCUGAAUCUUUUACAUAUCAACACAAGGCAACGACAGAGGCUCUUCCAAAUCCUGUGAGCGAUGUUGAACUGACCACUGACAGUCCUCCUGAAGAGCUACAUUUGGAUGCCAAUAACCCCCCUCUAAAGUCAAAGGAAAACCUCCCCUCUUCUAAUCUAUUUGAGGUAUUCCUUCAGGUCCUCUCUUGUUACUUGUCAGUUCAGCGACAACAAGCCAAUCCUAACAGAGUCUUCACCAUGGUAACCAACAAGCUGAUUCAGCCAUUAAUUCUGCUAAGACACCUGCUGACAUCAGGGGAGUUUUCACCUUCUCACACACAUCUCGGUCUCCGCCAGCAUCUCAACAGAGACAUUCGCAUCAAGAUAGACUCCAUCCUUCAGUUAGCUCUCUUCCCAUCUGAACACCUGGCCUCAUACAAAGAGGAGCUUUUUCCUUCUGGGAAAUGUGGUUCUGGAAGGGCAAAAGGUCCUUUAAAGCGUGCCACUGCAGUUAUUUCCAAACUGAGCAGUGAGGGCUAUUGUGAACCACUUCUACACUACACAGUGAAGUCAAACACAUUAUCUCUGCUGUUUAAAUUCUUCCUGGAAAGCUACGGAAAAGGGAGAGGAGACAGUGAGGAAGCACAAAGGGUGCUAUGCUUCUAUUUCCUCACAAGGUUAGUGCCAGUUUUGGAUGUAGAUCUUGAUGGACUGCCACUGCAGGAGUCUCCCCCAUCCUCCCCUUGUUCCCCAGAGAAUUGGAGUCUGGCUCUGCUGUCUGUUGAGUCCCUGCUCAGCCAGGCUCUGACUGCUGACAUUUAUAAUGUAGCUGCAGACAGGAUCAGACAUGGAGAGGUCCAGCUGAACUUUUACAGAGCUCUAGGACAAAUGCUCCUCAACCAGGCCCAGCCAAGCAUCCCUGCAUGGUACCGCUGUUUUAAGAUGCUGUUGAGUCUCAACCAUCUGAUUCUGGAGCCUGACCUGGACCAACUUUUAUCAUCAGCCUGGGUUAAUUCUGAAUGCAUGGAUGCACGAGUGCAACGGGCCCGACAGCUCCUGGUGUGCAGCCUCCUUGAGACUUAUACAAAGCUCCGUCAGCUGCCUCGCCUCUUCUCUGAGCUCCUGUCUGUGAUCUGUCAGCCGGCCCUGGAUGCUCUCCGCCCUCCUCUGCUCACCGACACUGUCUCCGCCUCCAUCAGGACAUGUCUUAUAGACACACCACCUUCCCAGUGCCUUGAAAUUUGCUCAUCAGUGUUGGAGAGCAUCAAGAAAUAUAUACUGUUUGACCUGAAGAAGGAGGAAAAGAAGAUGGAGGUUGAUGGAGAAGAAAAUGAUAAGGAUAAAGAAAUAAAGUCGGAGCAGGAGAGAGAGGAUGCCUCUCUUAAGCUGUUCUCCCUCAGCCAGCUGCUUCAUGUUGUCAUGUUCACUUUAAAGACUCUAGAUAAUGCCUCUCCUCUUCCUAUAGUGAGGAAGAGUCAGGUGCUAAUGGAGGAGAUGCAACAAGUUGUGAAGGAGCUGCUGAAUCUGUCAUCAAGUGAGAAAGAAGCUGUGAAAAUAAAGAGUCAAAGAAAAGGCAAAAAGAGUUCAGACCAACAUGAGUCUAAACUGGAGUCACUGUGGAAACAGAAGACCCAGGAGGCUGCUCUGCUCCUCAGAUACACCUGGGUGGAAGUGGACACACUCUUUAGUAUCCACUGUAGCAAAUACACAAGUCUUGACUCAGCAGUUCAGGGUAAAACUAAAGACAUGCCUUCAUCCAUGACACAAAUACAACAUCUCCUUUCUGGUGAGAUUUCUCCUGCGUGUGUCCACACAUCCAGCAGCCCCAUGUGCCACUUGCUCUUUAAACUCCUUACUUUGCAGCAGAUGAAGAAAGUUCUCCUAGAUUCCUCUCUACUCUCUGAAGCCAGCACUGCUGCACUUUUAAACAGAGCAGCUCAGUUUAUUUUAGCCACAUGCGAGUUUGAGGUGGGUGAAGAGCAGGUGUGGGACGGGCAGAUAUGGAGUGUGAAUGCACACUCCUACCCUGCAGCACACUGGUACCUUGUCACGUCCAAUCUGCCUUUAAUAGCUCCCUACCUGAGUGGAGAAGAUGUGGGCUGUAUGGCGGAGGUUCUAGUUCAUUCACUCCUCUUUCCUGGCACAGGGAAGAACCAGUCGCUUGGCUGUCUGAGUGCCUCACUCAUUUCUUCUCAGCUUCUCCAAAGCCCCAUUCUUGCUGAGUUGCCUUCACUGUUUUCUGCCACAAUCCAUUCCCUCACACAGAGAAUUAUUGGUGUUCUUAAGGUGGCACAUGUACCAAAAGUUUGUCCGAUGUUCAUGAAGUCUCAGGAGGAAGGAGCUCUGACUCAAGUUUUGAAAAAAGAGACCCUGGUUGAGGAUAUUUUGGCCUCCUCACAGAAUGGACAGAUGUCUAUUCUGCUGACCGACUCACAGAAAAAAGAGCUGGAGAAUAUCCUCCAAAUCUUAAUCAAACUAAACCCAGAUGGGUUGAACUCUGAGGAUCUCAGCUCUGUUUUCCUACUCCUGUUCUUCAUGCUCGCCUCCACUUCCAGUCAGUCAGACUGGUUGACUUCAGACUCUCCUGAUUGUGAGGAGGAUGUUGCUUUUCUCGUGAAGCUGCUCAGGCUCGUGACAUGUCUCCUAGGUGGCAGAAACUUCCAGAGUGUUUUAAAACUCAUCCAUGGUGGCACUCUAUUGCAGGCAGCUGUAUCCUCUCUCCUUUGGCAAAGCAACAACAGAAGAUUUAGAGCCACAGGUAGUGCAAAUUGGUUAGAGUUAAUUAAAGCAGUGCAGAGCUUUGUUAGGUGCUUGGUGCAGUUGAUUAUAACCAGAAACAGCAGCGUGAGACUCAACCUGGAACAGUUCGCCUCUUAUCUUUCGGAAACGGCAAGCAGGCAAACUGUGGCGCAGUGUUCAGCAGCUGAUCCGGGUAAAUCAGAUCCAGGAGUGUCCAUUUCUACUCUUCAUCUCCUGCUGGCCUCGCUGACCUCCUUCUCCCAGGCAAUCACCUCUAACCUUGGCAAGAAUAAACAAAUGGAUCAAACUUUGACCCAGAUGCUAACAGGAACCACAGCUGCUCUGGGGCCAGCAGUCGAGUCUGUGUUGAAGCCUCAGACUGGUGGUCAGUUGCCCAUCCAGCUGGCCAGCGGUCUGAGUCAGGCCUUCAUAGUAGAAGUUGUUACUGUCAUGCUGCAGUGUGAGCUGUCCGCUCUAUCACUGGAAGGAGAAAAGCAGCAGCUCAACCUGAGACACAUGAAUCUCUAUCAAAGCUUCUGUCAGCAGAUCCUCAAAGAAAUAACGUCUGCCCACAGGCCAAAGGACUUCCUGGUUUCCUCUCUCCAUUUCCUAUCAGCUUUCUAUAGAGCAGUGAAGGAGAAAGGAGGGGAGGAGGAGGAGGGAGAGGAAAAAAAGGAGUUUGAUGAGCUGUACAUGCAGAUGCUGCAGACAGUGCACAGACUGCUCACAGCCUCUUGGCUGUCUCCGGGCGAUCUUUGUGAGCUGGAGCCAGCUGUGCAGGAGCUGCUGCGCCACCUGGUGGAGAAGAGUACGACAGGGCAACUGAACCUGUUGCUGCUGAUGAUCAAAGAAGGACUGGAGACGAGCAAGCUGAGGGCAGGAAACUACAGGGAGGUGUUAUCUGCAGUCAUCAUCACCAAGCUGCUGUCCUGUUGUCAGUUACCUGAGCCCUGCUCUAAAGCUCUGUGGCUCAUUACACCACAGAUUAUAUCUGCCAUGGUGUUCUUAGUGAGAUCGUCCAGUCAGGACGUCUCUCUGACCCUCCUCUUUACGGUUCCCACUGUGACUUCAAUGACAUCGCUACUGCGUCAGGGUGAGGGGCUCAUCACAAACCCCCACCACGUGAUCUUGGUCCUUGGGGCACUUCAGGCAGUGCCUCUAGAUCACUUGACUCCACCUGUCUACCAGUCAGCGUUCCUGGCGGUUCAUGAGGCGCUGUUUGCCAUCAUUCAGUGUCAUCCACAGGUGAUCCUGAAAGCAGCUCCAUCCUUCUUAAAUGUCUUUCAUCGUCUGCUGGCGUCCAUCAUGCAGGAGGGUCGGCAGAGAGGAGACAGCGACACAGGUCCUGACAGUGAAGUGUACCUGCAGUGCUCCAGACUGAUAGAGAGGAUGUACUCUCACAUCGCUGCGGUAGCUGAGAGCUUCACCACUCUGCCAGCUUUCAUGGUGGCCCAGUACGUCACAGAGCUGCAGAAGGUCACUCUGCGGCCUGACAUCAAGCAGCAUCUGACAGAGGGGAUCUAUCGGAUACUGGACCUGUGUAUGGAGCAGGAUAUCAAGUUUCUGACUGCCGGACUGCAGCUGGGAGUCAGGGAGGUGUUCAAUGAGCUGUACAGCAGCUACAUGCACUACCACAAAGCACAGAGGCAAGGAGAGGACAAGUACACCGUGUGAGCAUUCACAGUGGACCUUAGUUUUCAACCAGAGGACAUAUCUGCUAUUAAAAGACUGUUUAGAUAACGUUCUUAUAUGGGAUUGGACUUUUUGGACUGCUUUAUUGGCCUGCAUUAGCUACUGAAAUGACACAAAAUCAUCAGUAUAAAGAGAGUGAGGAAAACAGACAACAAAAAAACCCUGCAACAGCGCUCUUGUUUUGAUUACCAAAAACUGCAGGCAAAAUCCUGCACUCUGUCUUUAUUUCACAAUACACUGGCAACAUUUCAAUACUGAAACAUUGCCAAUGAAUGAAGAGCUGAAGUUUUUUCAAGCUUCUGUACUUUUUGAUUCUGUCAGUCAUUAAACUAAUGGAGAUAGUGGUGACCGUUUGCUCUUCUCAGUUGAAAAAGGAAACUCAAACUCUAGCCGGCCACUGUCCCAUUGGGAGAGUGGAUCAUGGUUAAGAUAAAGUUAUCAUCAGGCAUAAAGAGGUUUUCUGUGUUUAUUAUAAAAAUUGUAUGAAAUAUACAUGCCAUUCUUGUGUUUCUUUGUCCUGAUAUUCUGAGGUUUGAAUUGAAAACUAUUUCACCACUCCUCUAGUGCCCAUCUCAUCUUACCUGCACAUCUAUGAACAUAUCAACUAGGACCAAACCCAGUUCUAUCAAAAUAAAAGCAUGAGAAAAUCCAUCAUUAUAAAUAAUAAUGUCAGUAAUAGUUUGCUUAAUCCUAAUGUAUUUUCAUGAAACAAGAGGACUAAAUGUAAAAUGGUCAAAUUAUACACAACAAUGUCUAACUGUAAAAGUUUUGGUGUUGAAAAAUAUAGAAAAUUCUGCACAUAUAUCAAGCUGUAAAUAGACAUGAUGAAUGCUAAGCUGCUACAGAUGCAAUAGGAAGAUUACAACCAACCCCACAGGGAGAGAAAAUAAAAUUACAAAGAAUUUCAGCCAUAUUUAUAAGAUAACAUCCAUUCUUACUGUGGAAUAUGUGUUUGUAAACACAAAUGUGUCUGAAGGUAGAUAUGUGUGGUUACACCCUGUAACAUAAACAUACAGCUCCUGACUGACUAGAGCUGUUUGUCAAAAGGCACAACCAUGAGACAACCACAGCUCUGACAAAUGAUGUUGAAAAUGUUUAUACUUUAAUUUUAAAGAGCAUGGAGUCAAAGUCAUUUCCUGAAAUAGUUUUUAAACUAUGCUUAUAAUGUAUGGGGGAAAAAUGCUUAUUUGUCGAAGUAGAUUUGAAGCAGUUUGUUUAUUUUUAUUUAACCAAACAUUGUUUAAAAAAAUAUCCUAAAUAUCACAUACCUUAACUUUUUCUAACUGUGAAAUUUUUUAUCUUUAUAAAGUCUGUUUUGUAUGCACUUCGUAUUUUUAUUUUUGUCAUUAUUGCCCUGAAUAGUUUUCAUUAGGGAUAGGUAAUAUGGAUUUUUACAGAUAUUUCCAAACUCAAUUUAGCUUAUACCGAUAUACA